UUUUCAGUACCAGUUUAGGCUAUGAAGAAGAACAUCCUUCACAGUCUGAACCAGACAUCCUUCAGAGACAGGCGUUUGUAGCCUCUCAUCAGCUUCCUGCAUAUGCUACCACUGCUCAACCAACUGGUGUUUCGGGAAUGUUUGACAAUGGUGUGAUCAGUGCUAGCACCAACACUAAAGACACUUCCGUGGUGAACUUCCUGUCCUCUGUGGAGUCCCGAGCUGCUCAGACUGCCUCUUCAGGAACUAUUCUUGCAGCACAGUUCAGGGCUCCAUCCUGGCAGACAGGCAUGCAUUCCUCAGGAGCAACUGAACUGUUUGUUACUGGACCUUUGCCAACUACUGGAACACUUCCACCACCUGCCCUCUCUGCUUAUCAACAUCCUGCCACCUUUAGCAAUAGGAAUUUUGCUACCACCUCGCCUUUGGUGCUUCAGGAUUCAACUUUUAACACUACAGCAAAUGGAAUUUUAAAUCAUCACGACCCUUUGCUACAAAUUAAGACUUCCCAGGGAACUGUUCCAACUGCUUUGGCAUUUGAGCGCCUGGGCAGUUCUGCAGUAAGUAACAGCAUACCACCUCAGUCUUCAACAUAUCGCUCAGCUCAAGAGUCAGCACCCCAUCUCUUACAACCUCAAUUUAGUUUGUUGCCUUCAGCACUUGGGGGAGCACAGCAGACUCCUCAAGCCUACGGUUCAACUCUUUUUACUAGUUCUACUGCUUCCAUUGAGAGAGCUCUUCUUCGAGAAUGUAGUGUUAUUAAACACCACCAGCGGCCUUCAGGUACCCAGUCUAUUCAGGCGCAAUUGACUGGUUCACAGCAUUCCUUACAUAGUUAUCUGUCAAAUGCAAGUUUAGGUAAUUUUCAGGAAACAUCCAAGCAGUCAUCUUUAUCCUGUAGUACAAUUGGAGAUUCUACUCAGGUGAGCAAUGGAGGAUUACAACAGAAGACCCCUCAGGUCUCAGUGGAGCUUUCUCAGACAUACUCAUCUGGAAUUCCAUCAUCAGGGUAUCCUCCUUCUACUGUAAAAGUAGACGGCUGUUCUACAAAGCAACCACUAACAUCAACUACCAUCUUGAAACCUCAAAGCAUAAUUCCUCCCGUGCAAACACUAAGCUAUUCUAAACCUUUACAUAACCAGAGUUCCGUAAUAUCAGGUCAAGCACAAAUUUAUUCCACAGCACAGUUACCAAGCCUUUUAUCAGUUAGUCAGUCCCAAAAUUAUGGGUUAGUACAGCCACAUAAUGUUCCAUCUAUUGUUCAUUCACAGGUUUAUAGGUCCAGCAGGGUUGAGAAAUUGCCAUCAUUAUAUAAAACAUUGACUUUUUCUGGGUCAUCUCAGCCUGUAACUUCUGAAAAUCAAACACUUAGUUAUCCAUCCAACCAGCAUGAAGUAUUGUCUUCACUUACAAAUGAGAAUUACCCUGCUCAAACAAGAGACCUAUCAUCAGUUAGUCAGUCUCAAAGUUACUCAUCUGGUCAUUCUCAGGGUUUAGCACCGGUUAGCCAAACACAAGUCAGUUACUCAUCUCAGUCACAAGUUUUGCCAGUUGUUAGCCCUUCAGAAAGCUACGCAUCUGGACAGUCUCUGACCUUAACAGCCCCUUCUCUUUCUUAUUCUUCUGCCUCUCGGGCUCAGAACUUAGCAGAUUCUAGCCCAAACCAAAAUUAUGUUGCUAUGCAUUCUUCCCAAAAUACUCAGACUCAAGGGUCAUCACCUCCCCAAUCCCAAAAGUUUUUGCCUACUGUGCAGUCACCAUCGUUUGCAUCCUCUACUCACUGUCAAACAUUACAGAGUAAUAUACCUUCCCCUGAUUCAAAGCCUUAUGCUGAAAGAAAGCAUGACUCAAAUGUGUACACAUCUUCAAAGCAAGAAGGUGAUUUUCCAAUGCAGGAAUUACAGGCACUACAACCACAGGCUUCUCUUGAAUCAUCAAGCCAAAGGGUAUCUGAUGGGGAAAUGAAUACUCAAGAAUCAAUUUAUAAGGCAUCAAAGGCAGAGGACAGAUAUUCUCAGAGUGUAAUCAGAAAUAAUUCCCAUCUUGAAGAUCAGGUUGUUGGAGUUGCUUUACAAGGGUCAAAAAAAGAAAACAUAGUUGGUUCAGUGACACAACUUAACCAACAAAUUGGCCAGCCCAAUAAUGCUGUAACCCCUGAUCUUAAGAAGGCAACUAAUUUAAUGCAAACUCCACAAGUAAGGUUGAAUACUAAAGACCUAAACCAGCAACACUCUCUAACACAUAAGGUUCAGGAACAGCAUGAGCAAAUAAUGAAUGUCUCCUCUCUCAUACAAAUUCCAAAUCAUGCUUUAGGGCAUGGCCGUCAGGCAUCUCUACCUAGUACACAGAUUCUUCUAGACCCUGCCUGCGAUUUGCACAUUUUGCAGCAGUCAAUGCUGCAGGCAGGCUUAGGACAAGGAAAGGCCUCCUUACAAGUACAGCGUGUUCAGAGUCCUCAACAAAUAGUGCAUCCGUUCCUUCAGAUGGAUAGUCAUAUUCAGAACAACAGUGACCAUUCUCAGCAGCAGCAGCAGCAGCAGCUCCAUCCUCCGAGUUCUGAUAUUAUGAAAAUAGACCUUCCUGAGUCUUCAAAGCCAGCACAGCAGCACCUGGCAACAAAGAGCCCUUUCGGUGAAGCUGAUUCAAAGAGUCAGUUUGUUUCUCUUGGAUCAAUGUGUUUUCCAGAAGCAAUGCUUCUCAGUGAUGAAAGAAAUAUUUUAUCAAAUGUAGAUGACAUCUUAGCAGCUACUGCAGCAGCUUGUGGGGUUACACCCUCUGAUUUUUCUAAGUCAGCUUCAAACGAAGCCAUGCAGGCUGUAGAAGGUAGUGAUUCUAAAUCUCAUUUUCAACAGUCAUUAGAUGCCAGACAUGUGAAUUCAGAUUUUAAUGCUAUAACAGCAACAGUAGAAAAGCCACAGAAUAUAAAUAUUUCUUUAAAUGGAAAUCAGGUUUCUGUAAACCUUUCACCAGUUCCUACCCUUCAGUCACAAAUGACUCAGCAGCAUAUAGAGACACCUAGUCAAAACAUACAGCCAACUAAAGUAACUUCAGCAGCAAGUGGACCAAAUCAUGAAGUCCAGGAGCAAAGUUCUGGCCCCUUCAGGAAACAGUCUGCCAUCAGUCAGGAAUCUGAAGAAGACAGUGAAGUUCCUAUUGAUAAUACAUUAACUAAUAACAGAAGCCAAGAGUUUGUUUCUAGUAGUAGGAGCAUAAGUGGAGAGAGCGCUACAUCAGAGAAUGAGUUUGCCUUAAUGGGUGAUGACAGUAGUAUGGCAGUGAACCACACAAGGAGCACACUUGCCCUGCUGGCCAUGGCCCAGCCUGGAGAUGCCACCAGUGUCAUGGCUGAAGAAGAGAGUCAAGAUUUAAUACAUUUUAACCUUCCAAAGAAAAAUGCUAAAGGAAAAGGGCAACUGAAAGAGGAAGAGCCUAAUCAGAAACAGCUGAAACGGCCUACCCAAAGCAAACGCCAGCCUCCAAGGGGAACAGACAUAUAUGUACCAUAUACUCCUCCUCCAGAAAGCUGCCAUGAAGGCUAUCAACACCAGGAAAAGAUGAGGCAGAAGAUCAAAGAAGUCGAGGAAAAACAGCCAGAAGUUAAGACAGGAUUUAUUGCUUCUUUUUUAGAUUUUCUGAAAUCUGGGCCCAAGCAACAGUUUUCUACUCUUGCUGUUCGAGUGCCUAACAGGACGAGGCGACCAGGCACCCAGAUUGCCCGUACUUCUUGUCCCCCACCACUUGCAAAGACUUCGUCCACAGCACCUACACCAUUGCUGUCUGAAACUGGAGUUAUCAGUUCAUCAGAAAAAGUUGAUAAUGAACUUAAAAAUUCAGAACAUUUAUCUGCAUUUUCUUCUGAUGAGGAAGAUCCUGGAGUGUGCAGGCAUGACAUGUAUAAAGGCACUUCUGCUCCUGUCACAGCACUGGAUGCUGCAUCAGAUAAAACAAAAGCAGCAGUUUCAGAACCCGCACCGGUGGCAAUUCCUGUCUCAUCUUCCAAUACCACUGGUGCUGCUGCUUCCUCCUCCACUGUGGGUGCAGUUAGCCCAGAAUCUCUUCACUCUACAUCUGCAGUGAACAUCCUGGAAAAUACAAACUCCACAGAGCCUUCCACACCCAUCGAACGUGAUGGACCUCCUUCAGACCAGCUUGCAAAAAGACAGGAUACUGUCGCCAUAGAAGGUUUUACAGAUGAGGAAAAUAUAGAAAGUGGAGGAGAAGGCCAAUACAGAGAGCGUGAUGAAUUUGUGGUAAAGAUAGAAGACAUAGAGACGCUAAAGGAGGCCAUAAAAAUAGGAAAAGAACCCCCAGCCAUUUGGAAAGUACAGAAAGCUUUGUUACAGAAAUUUAUUCCUGAAAUCCGAGAUGGGCAAAGAGAAUUUGCAGCUACAAAUAGUUACCUUGGGUAUUUUGGAAAUACGAAGGCUAAAUACAAAAGGAUAUAUGUGAAGUUCAUUGAAACUGCAAACAAAAAAGAGUAUGUCAGAGUCUGUUCCAAAAAGCCAAGGAGUAAGCCUCCACACGCCAUCAGAACUGUUCAGGCAAAGCCAAGUAGUAGCAGUAAAAUUGCUGAUCCUCCAGCAUCAAAAGCUACACCUACAAAAGCCCCUUCUACAAAACCCAAAGUUAAGCAGCUCAAAGUGAAGGCUGAGCCGCCACCAAAGAAACGGAAGAAGUGGAAAGAAGAGUUUUCAUCAUCACAGUCAGAAUCCUCUCCUGAGGUCCAUUGUAGCAGUAGUGAUAAUGAGGAAUUUGAUCCUCCAGCUCCCUUUGUCGCUCGUUUUCUGAACACAAGAGCAAUGAAGGAGACCUUUAAGAGUUACAUGGAACUGCUCGUUAGCAUUGCUUUGGACCCUGACACGAUGCAAGCUUUGGAGAAAAGCAACGAUGAGCUUCUUUUACCUCAUAUGAAAAAAAUAGAUGGAAUGCUAAAUGAUAACCGGAAAAGACUCCUUUUGAACCUUCAGUUGGAUCAGUCAUUCAAGAAUGCUUUGGAAAGUUUUCCUGAACUAACAAUUAUUACUCGAGACUCUAAAGCAAAAAGUGGAGGAUCUGCUAUUUCUAAAAUCAAAAUGAAUGGCAAAGCUUAUAAUAAGAAAACUCUAAGGACUUCUAAAACAACCGCUAAAUCUACACAAGAGUUUGCUGUUGAUCCAGAGAAAAUACAGUUGUAUUCUUUGUAUCAUUCACUCCAUCACUAUAAAUAUCAUGUUUAUCUGAUAUGUAAGGAUGAGAUUUCAUCUGUGCAAAAAAAAAAUGAAGACUUAGGACAGGAAGAAAUUGUUCAACUCUGUAUGAAAAAUGUGAAAUGGGUGGAGGACCUAUUUGAAAAAUUUGGAGAACUUCUAAGUCAUGUACAGCAGAAAUGUUCCUAACAUCUCCAUAAAAAUCCCACCUUUCUGUAGCACUGGGGAGAUAGUGCAGUGUGGUGGUCACAGACCACCAGAUGUGAAGCCGUGGUCUCUAGUAGGCAUGCCCACUUCCAGUGUGGGACUUUCGCCAGGACCUUUGCUAAGGACAGUGGUGCUACCAAGGAUGAUAGUCCUUAUCAUCCUAAUGAACGAUUUUUCUAUUUUGUAAACUGUGGGGUAACUGAGUUUUAUUUUCAGAAAUGGGUGGGGUUUUUUUGACAUGAUAAAGCAUGCACUAAAUAUAAUUUUUAUUGUUAGAGAAAUAACACUUAAAUAACUUGACUUUUCCCCCUGACUGGCUAAAUGUCAGAUUUUGAAAGAGAGGUGGCAGAAAGCAUUCAUAUCUGGCCACAGAACUGAACAUAUUGUACAUUAUGUAAACAGACCCGGUAUGAUGUGACAUCUUGUAUGAGAAUAUCAUCAACUUAAAGCAUAAAAUUCAUAAAUUGCAUUCUGCUUUAUGGACUCUUUUUAACAUGUUCAGGAAACUGGAUGUGGAGUUGGUGCAAUUCUAUUACUGCUUUUUGUGUCAAAUUAUAUUGUGAUGAAGAAACAGUGACAUACUAUUUUCCCUAUUUUAAAGAAAAGUAUCUUCAUUUAUACUGUGCUCUUUCCUUUGAAAAAUUUUCAAUUGUACAUUUUAUUUUACUAAUAGUUGUAUUUUUCACGAAGAAGAUGUUGUAGUUUUAAGUAUGUUCUCUGUGUAUGUAUUACACUUCAUUAUUUUCAGUAAAUCCCAUGUAGUCAUAUGUCAGAUUCCUAUUUUGAAUUCUGUCUUGAGGUACCCAUUUUUGUUCAUACAGGUUUGCUCCAGUGUUAUUCGGAAUAUGCAUUUGGUGCUAGAAUUAAUUUAGCUUUAUACAUGGAGCUGUGUGGAGCACUGCAUUUUCUGUUUCAUAAAAUAAUUUUUUAACUAAGCUAGCACUUGAUCACACUGAUUUGUCAGAGAAAAAAAAAUCUGUUAACUACUGAUGAUCAGGCGAUAUGCAGUGUUAUGCACAGCCUCCCUAACUCUUAGAACUGGAAGUGGAGUUCUCCUUAUGGUGCCUUCUCAACCAUUAUGCACAGUAUUGUAGCUUUCCUGAGUUUGGUAGCUCGCGUUUCAAGUAGCUCAGCUGAGACAGUGAAUGUAUUAGGUUCAACAUGACCCUUAUGUUCCAUUUGUGUUUGCCAACAGGAUGCCUUAUGUGUCUGUGAGAAAGAUUUGCUAGUAUCAUUCUAAACUCCUUUCUUAGAAUGUGAUAGAAGUUGUUAAUUAUCAUACUCUGUUUAUUUUACCACCAUUUAGUGCCUUAAGUCCUAUCAAGAAAGCAGUGUUAAUAUUCAGUACCCAAAUAAGACUUGCUUAUGUGGA